GCCCAAUCUGUCAUCAACGGUCUAUAUAGCGCCAGAAGAGAAACCCUUUCGCACUUUUCCCGACAACGCUAGCAACUAUGCCGAGGGUACUGUUGUUUCCUGUUGACGAUACGGACGACUCCCAGAAAAGCUGGGAUUGGUUCAUAAACAACUUCUACCGGGAAGGCGACGAAGUGCACUUGCUAAACGUGAUAUCGCGCUUGACGUUUGCAGCAACCUUGGGGGUUCCAGCCGUGGACUUCACACCCCAGAUUAACCGGGAGGCCUAUGAGGCAGCUGUGCAGAAGGCUGAGGCAUUCAUCGUCAAGCGGUUCCUUGCCAGGCUCCCACAGCACAUCCAGACGACACCAAUUGUCCACAUCAUUAAGUCGGAAGUUGACACCAACAGCGUGGGACACGUCAUCUGCACGAAAGCUGAGGAGCUCAAGGCCGCGGCAGUCCUGAUGGGCAGCCACAACAAGGGGCCGGUCGCGGAGUUCUUUAUGGGCUCGGUGUCGCAGUACGUGUCGCACCACAGUAAGGUGCCCGUAGUAAUUGUUAAGCAGCCUUAAGCUGGCAGCGUCGUGGAUAAGCGUAGUAAGCAUGAGUUCUAGCGCCUGCAGCAGCGGUGAUCAUCCACGAAUGGAAUCGAGAGCCGCGUAGUAGCUGCAAAUAAUGCCCUGCGGGCACCAGAGAGAGUACGCACCAAUGGAUAGCAGCUUAGAUGUUUUGGAUAAGUGGCGGGGAACGCAUGGCGUGCAUGGAAGGACGAGUUAAGGCUGCUGGGUAACCUGGUGUUUUUGCAGUGCCGGGUUGCAGCGCGUGCAUGACGGGAGUGCUUGAUGGGUUUGCGUGUGCAUCUUUGCUUCCUUGUGCUGGUUUUAGUGGUUUUGCGUCAGGUGUGGCCGCAAACACUCUUGCAUGGAAGAGCUUCCCGGCAGUUGAGUGCUUCUGUGGCAGUACAAAUCAGGGGUACGGCCUAUACAUUCGUUGCAGGAUUGGGUUGCGACGGUUAACGAUGUUCAAUUGGAUUAUGCAGGCAGGCUCCCUUCAAGUCUUUGGUCCCCCCACAUGGGCCUAUGAGCCCUAAGGGUUAAGAGGAUACUUGCACGGGGCAUUAACUGGAGGCUGUUGGGUUUACUGGUCACGCCCCAUUCCUUUGUAGCUUGGACCAAUACUGUACUGUUCUCCUAACUCUGUAUGACAGUGACUACCGGUACAGCUAUGAUGUGAUGGGGGUUGGAGGGUAUAUGUGUGAAAUAGCAUUCUGUGAGCAUCACAUAAGGGGCCUGAUGUGCGGACUGCCGUGUGUGGGCUAAGAACCGUUUUGAGCCGGGUAGAAACGCUUGUAGACUGCUUUAGGAGGAGGAGACCCUCGUCUCAUGCUCGGGACAU